CAACAGAUGGACAGAGCGAGAGAGCGAGAGAAAGAAAGAGAGAGCAAUAGGAAUGGGCAAAUCCUGAGAGUACUGGGCAAAUAAGUGGGAAGGAGAGAAAGAGCCAGAGAGAGAGAGAGAAAAAGAGAGAGAGAGAGAGCGAGAGAGAGAUGGUGGCAAGACAAACUCAGCAGACUACAGGGAGUGCAAGGCCAGCUGCCUGUUUCUGCCUCCUAAUCUGCAAAUCUCCUGUAAUCAGGGAUGAGAGGGAGAGAGCACGCUGCCUGACUUAGGACAGCAGAGUCUAUGUUAGGACCUGAAAGGAUUGCAGGCCGAUCCGGCAACCUAAGUGGCCAGGAGGCAAGAAUGGAGGGAGGGGUUGGUCAAGCUAGAGCCAGGAUCAGUGUGGGGAACUGAGCCAGUUUCAACCAAGAGCCCACAGGAAGAGUGGAAGUCCGAUAUAUGGGAGAUGCUUUAAACUUCAGGUGUGACAUACAGGAAGGAAAAAAAAAAGAGGAGAGAAAGAAGACAAGACAACAAAUCACUGACUGGAGUGACACUUAUUUAAGGGGAGCCUUCAGGAUGUGGUUGGGGUCUGGCAGUCCUGUCUUCCAGGUUUGAUUCCUGGUGGCAGGGGGUCACAUGGCGACUGCAAAUGAUGACCCCAACCUUGGGGCCGGCCCAUCUGAGGACUCAGAGAUCUCCUUCAAUGAGUCUGACGCGGGGAGUCUGCUGUCUGAAGACUCGCUGCUGCCCGACUAUGAGAGGGAGGAGAAUGAUGCUGGGAUAGCUAACACACUGUAUGAGGCCUGUGCUAGGAACGAGGCCUGGACCCUGCGCAAGAUCCUGGAGGGAGGAGUCACAAAGGAGGAGGUCAUGGAGCUGGACAUCAACGGCAGGAAUGGUCUGAUGCUGGCUGUAAGCAAAGGUUUCGUAGAUAUUGUCUACGGGCUCCACACAUGCCCACUAAUAGACAUCAACCACCAAGAUAAUGACGGCAACACAGCCCUAAUGAUCGCCGCCCAGGCUGGAUUCGUCAACAUUCUUAACUACAUCCUCAACUACUUCUCUGGGGUGGACACUGAGGUGAGAGAUCCUCGUGGUUUCACAGCGCUCAUCAAAGCUGGUCUCACGGGCCGCGAAGAUUGUGUGUCUGCCCUUCUCAUGCAUGGUGCAGAUAUAAAUGUAAUGGACCUGGUCCGAGGGAGGGGUCUUAAAGAGUGGGCCCUGAAAACAGGAAGGUUCGAGACUCUCAGCAGGCUACGUUGCCUGCAGUCGCGCCCGAUCGCAGUGCAGUACUGUGAGAGCUACGUUCCCGAGUGGCCUGAUCUGAAGCAGCUGGUAGCUAAGGCCACCACUACCAAAACAGCCAGUCAAAAGAUAACCCAACGAUUAAAAGACACUCUCACCUUCAACUUCCCUCAUGACCCCCAGGAAAAUGGGGUCAUGGACCACAUGGUACUAAUAACGACUAGCAUCCACAGCCCCCUGGUGGUCACCGCCUGCCAUCCCCUCUGCCCCACAAGCCCUCCAGAGAUUGGCAAGCGACGGCUGGCUGUUCCAGAGCUGCUGGCCAAGCACAGCAACAAGGAGCUGGAGGAAAGUUCUGUGUGCCACAGUAUCGGCUCAGUCACCUCAGCAUCCCCCUCAAUCAUGUCGACCACCUCCGUGUCCCUGACCUCCUGCUGCCAGGACUCAGAGCGCAGAGAGAGCAUCAUCUCCAGCGGCGUGAGGAACUUCAUUCCCCGCAGUAUGGCACGCAGGAACAGCGUCUUUCCCUCAGGCUGCAUCCCCAAGAUUGAGGUGACAAAGUCUGGAGAUCCCACACCAAAGAAGGAGAAGAAGAAGCAGAAGAAGCAGAAGGGGUACUUGGAGCCUCCUGUCUGGAAGUACAAGGAGGCCAAGGAGGAAAAGAAGAAAGAGAAGAAGAAGCUUGAAAAGGAAAAUCAAGCACAAGAGAAGAAAAAUAAGGGGAUGAAGCACAAGUCAAGCAAAAAUUAAGUCAGUUCUCUCAUUUCCACAGAGAGACACUGGGAUAACAAAAAACUGAGUGCACGUUGUGGAGGUUUCCGAGGCCAGAUGCAACAAUGCACCUCAACCUGCAACACUGAAUCUGUUGGUGACUGAGACUGAUGGACCGUAGCUUGCCUCUUGACCUGGGAUCUAAAAGCUAACUCUGAACUUUGAUGGACAUACUGUCCUCGUACUUUCCAAGUAUGUUUUGGAAAACUAAAAAGCUUAAUCAGAGCAGUGGCUAUUUGAUAUUAGGGAUCUUCACAUAUCUGGAGCUUUAACUUGUCUCAACCAACUGAUGGAUAAUAUAGGAAAGCUAACGUGAGAGGGUUGAGCUACAUUGAGAGAGACCUCCCAGAGACUCAGUUCAUCUUGAAAACCAAAUAAGCUUCGGGGAGGGGGCAUUUAUCAAUGAGAGAAUCCUAAACACCCAUCAUGUAGAGUGCCAUAACAUUAUGGUGUGUUAUUUAACAGCAAUGAAACCAAAGCAAUAGCCAAAAAAACAUUUCUUAGUAGUAAGGACAUUUAGUGAAUGAAUUUAGUUGCUAGAGUUCAUGUGAAAGACCUUUUUUUUUUGCACUAUUCAUUGAAAAAUACAAAGCCAUCUCAUCACUCCACUGUGCACCAGUCUAUUAUAAUCUAUUGACAUUAAACUGGCAGCUAGAGGUAGCCAUUUGUAUGAGGAGUUGUUAUAACAGAGACCACCUCUGUUUGAUAAGGUUCCUAUAGGAGUGAGCACACAGCCUUGUCAGAGGGUUUUGGUGAACACUAAUGUUUCAUGCAGUAUCAAAUCAGAUAUUUCACAUUGAUGUAACUAAGCAUGAUGUCUUCUAUUAACCAACUUGCAUUUUGCAAGGUUUGUGACAUUGAUAGAAUAUGAUUAUAUGUAACUAGGGCAAUGAUAAGCAUACGCCGCCGACAAAAAGGUUGUGAAUUGUAUAAUUAAUAAAUGACUGAUAUAAGCAUAUUUGCUGGACCACUAUCCAUGUGACUGAUGAUCCUCUGAGCUUAUUAGGGGAGGCUAUACUGGGCCCUCUAGAUGUGAUGUGGGAUGGCUGAUGGUCCUGUCCAGUAAUCUCUUAAGCCAAUGUGCAGUAUCAUUACAUAACAAUCAGUGCUUUCAUCUGUGGUCAAAAGGAUGACAGGGAAUAAUAAUAGCCACUUAGAUCAGACUAUAAGAUUAAAAUAGAUAUUUCUGUGACGGACAAAAAAAGAAUGAGAUUGCUUAUGACUUGUUUGUGUGUUUCUUGUUUGUUUUUGUUUUGUUUUUUUUUGCAUUGCAUAGGUUUCCAGAUAACAGACCCUAACACCCCAACUUUUAAUACAGACCCAAUAUGGAAAACUGCAAACUUAUCUUAUUCAGCAAGAUGACCCCAGGAAGAAACACUGUGAAAGACUCCCACUAUAUUAUUUCAAUAUUUUGUCUCACUUCCUUUUUGCAAGAGAUCUUGUCGAUG